GGGCGGGGAGCUGGGCGCCCGGGGUUUGCGGGAAAUGUGUCCCAGAAAGUUGCACACCACCCCGACACAGAGACGACGCUGCGGCGGUCGCCGGCGCAGUCCCAAGGCGCCUUUAGGCCAGCCGGGAAGGGCGGGCAGAGCGCGCGGCGCUGGCCGGAAGUGCCGAGCCGUGGGCGCGGGGCCCGCCGGGAAAUGUAGUUCCUUCGGGUGGCCUGGGGCGGUGGCCUCCAGUCCCGCAGACCUGGUGGACGAUCGGGCGUGGUAAACACGGGAUGGCUGGGCCCGUGGGCUCCGGAGGCCCGAUCGGGGCCGGGGCGCUGGCAGGAGGAGCACGGUCCAAGGUAGCCCCUAGCGUGGACUUUGACCACAGCUGCUCGGACAGUGUCGAGUACCUGACGCUCAACUUCGGGCCCUUCGAGACAGUGCAUCGCUGGCGGCGCCUCCCACCCUGCGACGAGUUCGUGGGGGCCCGACGCAGCAAGCACACGGUGGUGGCCUAUAAAGAUGCCAUUUAUGUAUUUGGUGGAGACAAUGGGAAGACGAUGCUCAAUGACCUCCUGCGCUUCGACGUGAAGGACUGUUCCUGGUGCAGGGCCUUCACCACUGGGACCCCGCCAGCUCCCCGCUACCAUCACUCGGCCGUGGUCUACGGAAGCAGCAUGUUUGUCUUUGGGGGCUACACGGGCGACAUCUACUCCAACUCCAACUUGAAGAAUAAGAACGACCUCUUCGAGUAUAAGUUUGCAACGGGCCAGUGGACAGAGUGGAAGAUCGAGGGCCGGUUGCCCGUUGCCCGGUCAGCCCACGGCGCCACAGUGUACAGCGACAAGCUAUGGAUCUUUGCGGGUUAUGACGGCAAUGCCAGGUUGAAUGAUAUGUGGACCAUUGGCCUCCAGGACCGAGAGCUCACGUGCUGGGAAGAGGUGGCCCAGAGCGGGGAGAUCCCCCCAUCCUGCUGCAACUUCCCCGUGGCCGUGUGUCGGGACAAGAUGUUUGUGUUCUCAGGGCAGAGUGGGGCCAAGAUAACAAACAACCUCUUCCAGUUUGAAUUUAAGGAUAAAACGUGGACUCGCAUCCCCACUGAGCACCUGCUCCGGGGGUCCCCGCCGCCCCCACAGCGGCGCUACGGGCACACCAUGGUGGCUUUCGACCGCCACCUCUAUGUGUUCGGCGGUGCGGCUGACAACACGCUGCCCAAUGAGCUGCACUGCUAUGACGUGGACUUCCAGACCUGGGAGGUGGUGCAGCCCAGCUCCGACAGCGAGGUUGGUGGGGCUGAGGUGCCAGAGCGAGUGUCCACUUCCGACGAGGCGCCCACCCUGGCCACUGAGGAGCGGGGUGGCUUCAAGAAGUCACGAGAUGUAUUUGGCCUGGACUUUGGGACCACCACAGCCAGGCAGCUUGCCCCACCAGCCUCAGAGUUGCCCAGUGGGAGGCUCUUCCAUGCGGCUGCUGUGAUCUCAGACGCCAUGUACAUCUUUGGGGGCACCGUGGACAACAACAUCCGCAGCGGUGAGAUGUACCGUUUCCAGUUCUCCUGCUACCCCAAGUGCACGCUGCACGAGGACUACGGGCGGCUGUGGGAGAGCCGCCAGUUCUGCGACGUGGAGUUUGUGCUGGGCGAGAAGGAGGAGUGCGUGCAGGGCCACAUGGCCAUCGUCACAGCCCGAAGCCGCUGGCUCCGAAGGAAGAUCGUCCAGGCGCGGGAACGGCUGGUCCAGAAACCAGAGGAGGAGACCCCUGGGCCGGCUGUGGGCGGUGUCCAGCCGCCCCUGCUGCGCGUAGCCAUCCGUGAGGCCGAAGCCCGGCCCUUCGAGGUGCUCAUGCAGUUCCUGUAUACAGACAAGAUCAGAUACCCCAGGAAAGGCCACGUGGAGGACGUGCUGCUCAUCAUGGACGUGUACAAGCUGGCCCUGAGCUUCCAGCUGUGCCGCCUGGAGCAGCUGUGUCGGCAGUACAUCGAGGCAUCCGUGGACCUCCAGAACGUCCUGGUUGUGUGUGAGAGCGCCGCCAGGCUGCAGCUGGGCCAGCUCAAGGAGCACUGCCUGAACUUCGUGGUGAAGGAGUCCCACUUCAACCAGGUGAUCAUGAUGAAGGAGUUUGAGCACCUCUCGUCCCCACUCAUCGUGGAGAUCGUGCGGCGGAAGCAGCAGCCACCCUCGCGCGCCCCCUCAGACCAGCCCGUGGACAUUGGCACGUCUUUGAUCCAGGACAUGAAGGCGUACCUGGAGGGGGCUGGUGCAGAGUUCUGUGACAUCACACUGCUGCUGGAUGGGCACCCACGACCAGCCCACAAGGCCAUCCUGGCAGCCCGCUCCAGCUACUUCGAGGCCAUGUUCCGGUCCUUCAUGCCUGAGGACGGGCAGGUGAACAUCUCCAUCGGGGAGAUGGUGCCCAGCAGGCAGGCCUUCGAGUCCAUGCUGCGCUACAUCUACUACGGCGAGGUCAACAUGCCACCUGAGGACUCGCUCUACCUGUUUGCGGCCCCCUACUACUAUGGCUUCUACAAUAACCGGCUGCAGGCCUACUGCAAGCAGAACCUGGAGAUGAACGUCACGGUGCAGAACGUGCUGCAGAUCUUGGAGGCGGCGGAUAAGACACAGGCACUGGACAUGAAGCGUCACUGCCUGCACAUCAUUGUGCACCAGUUCACCAAGGUCUCCAAGCUGCCCACACUGCGCUCACUGAGCCAGCAGCUGCUGCUGGACAUCAUCGACUCUCUGGCCUCCCACAUCUCUGAUAAGCAGUGCGCAGAGCUGGGCGCCGACAUCUGAGGGCCUCCAUGGUGCCAGUGGACGGUGACCACACCUGGCCUUCUGCUCACUGCAGACUGCAGUACUCGGACCUGCAGGUCAAGGAGCAGCAGGAUGCCCCAGGCCUCCGCAGGAGCCGAGGAGAGGGGCCACAGGCAGUCUGGGAAACUGAACUCCUUCAGAGGCCUGAGUGAACCCCUCCUUGAAGGGCUCAGCACUAGGGGCAG